GACAGCGUGGUGCUGGCGCUCUAUGACUACGAGGCGAUGCACCCUGGGGACCUGAGCUUCAAGAAGGGAGAGCGGCUGAAGGUCCUGGAGGAGAAGGGCGAGUGGUGGCAGGCACGGUCGCUGGUGACAGGGCACGAGGGCUUCAUCCCCAGCAACUACGUGGCCCGAGCCGACUCGCUGGAGACAGAAGAGUGGUUUUUUAAGGGCAUCACCAGGAAGGACGCAGAGCGGCUGCUGCUUGGCCCUGGGAACGUGAUCGGAUCCUUCAUGAUACGGGACAGCGAGACCACCAAAGGUUGCUACUCCUUGUCGGUGCGGGACGGGGACGGCCUGCAGGGAGGCAGCGUGAAGCAUUACAAGAUCCGGACGCUGGACAGCGGCGGCUUCUACAUCUCCCCGCGCAACAGCUUCGACACGCUGCAGGAGCUGGUUGAGCACUACAAGGGGCAAAGCGACGGGCUGUGCCAGAAGCUCACCUACCCCUGCUGCAUGCCCAAACCCCAGAAGCCCUGGGAGAAAGAUGCGUGGGAAAUCCCUCGGGAGUCUCUGCAGCUGGAGAAGAAGCUGGGAGCCGGGCAGUUUGGAGAAGUGUGGAUGGCUACCUACAACAAGCACACCAAGGUGGCGGUGAAGACCAUGAAGCCCGGCAGCAUGUCUGUGAGCGCCUUCCUGGAGGAGGCGAACCUCAUGAAGACCCUGCAGCACGACAAGCUGGUGAAGCUGCACGCCGUCGUGACCAAGGAGGAGCCCAUCUACAUCAUCACCGAGUUCAUGGAGAAAGGGAGCUUGCUGGACUUCCUGAAGAGCGAGGAGGGGAACAAGCAGCCGCUGCCGAAGCUGAUCGACUUCUCUGCCCAGAUUGCAGAAGGAAUGGCUUUUAUUGAGAAGAGGAACUACAUCCACAGAGACCUGAGAGCUGCCAAUAUUCUAGUGUCAGCAAUACUGGUGUGCAAGAUCGCAGACUUCGGCCUGGCCAGGGUCAUUGAAGACGAUGAGUACACGGCCCGGGAAGGUGCCAAGUUUCCCAUUAAAUGGACUGCACCAGAAGCCAUCAAUUACGGAUCUUUCACAAUAAAAUCAGAUGUCUGGUCCUUUGGGAUCCUCCUGACCGAGAUCAUUACCUAUGGGCGCAUCCCAUACCCAGGGAUGUCGAGCGUGGAGGUGAUCAGGGCCCUGGAGCACGGCUACCGCAUGCCCCGCACAGAGAACUGCCCCGAGGAGCUGUACGACAUUAUGCUGAGGUGCUGGAAGACCAAACCAGAGGAUCGCCCCACCUUUGAGUACACGCAGAGUAUUUUGGAGGAUUUCUUUACUGCGACAGAGAGCCAGUAUCAGAAGCAGCCAUAA